AGACAGCAGAUUUUUACGACACAGCAAGAGGCCGAGCUGGUACAAUAUCCUGACUGUAAAUCGUCCAGUGCUAAUAUUGGCGAGGAACCAGACCACUUAAAUCAGAGCUCGUCUCCUGCUCAAAUGUUUCCCUGGAUGAGACCACAAGCAGCGCCGGGUAGGAGGAGAGGAAGACAAACAUACAGCAGAUUCCAGACACUAGAGCUGGAAAAGGAGUUCCUCUUUAACCCUUAUCUGACCAGGAAGAGGAGGAUUGAGGUGUCCCACGCACUAGGACUCACCGAGAGGCAGGUAAAGAUCUGGUUUCAGAACAGGAGGAUGAAAUGGAAAAAGGAGAACAACAAGGACAAAUUCCCUGCAUCCAGACAGGAGGGAAAGGAAGGGGAGGCCAAAAAGGAAGCACAUGAUCUGGAAGACGACAGAGCUGAAGGCCAGACUCAUUAAAUUUUGCCCUAAAAGUCUUUCGUGAAAAGCUAUCAAAACCAGCGAACGCCAUAACCGGACAUCUCUGCCCAUCUCCCCUUGUACGUGGUCCUGCCGUGGGACGAGUGAUCCCGUGUCCCUCUG